GAACUACUUUGAAGAAAAAUAAAAAAAUCAGCUGGUGGGACCCAUAGGAAAGGCAACAGCAUAAAAGGACCAAACUCGCUUGAACUCAGACACCAUUCUGGUUUUGUCCACUCAAUCCUUGAGAUUUUCUGUGAAGAGCAACAUCAAUGGCUACUUUUGUUCGUCCUCCUCCAUUGACAUCCACCUCCGAUCAACCUCCUCUUUUUGAUGGCACCACCAGGUUCUCCAGAAUUCACUUUCUUUUCAUGGUUUUGCUUCAAUUUUCAGAUGUCAAGUCCUCACCUUUUUACCAUUUCCUUAGGUUGUACACCAGUUAUGGUUGCCCCUAUGCACAACGUGUUUGGAUCACUAGGAACUACAAGGGGCUACAAGACAAGAUCAAAUUGGUCCCUAUUGAUCUUCAAGAUAGGCCAGCUUGGUAUAAGGAGAAAGUCUACCCUGAAAAUAAGGUGCCAGCAUUGGAGCACAACGGCAAAAUUUUGGGAGAAAGUCUUGAUUUGAUCAAAUAUGUAGAUGCCAGCUUUGAAGGGACACCUUUGUUUCCCACUGAUCCUGCGAAGAAAGAGUUUGGUGAGCAAUUGAUAUCCCAUGUUAAUACAUUCACCAGAGACCUGUUCCUUUCAUUGAAAGGAGAUGCUGUACAAGAAGCCAGUUCUGCUUUUGAAUACUUGGAGAAUGCUCUUGGUAAAUUUGAUGAUGGCCCAUUCUUGCUUGGUGAACUCAGUUUUGUGGACAUAGCAUAUAUUCCAUUUGUUGAAAGAUUUCAGAUUGUCUUUGCUGAGUUAUUCAAACAUGACAUCACAGAAGGAAGGCCUAAACUUGCAACAUGGAUUAAGGAGCUGAACAAGAUUGACGCUUAUACAGAGACAAAAGUUGAUCCACAGGAAGUCAUUGAUCUUUUCAAGGAACGUUUUCUGCCUAAACAGUGAAUGCUUGAUGCUUCAGGCUUCCUCUAAGAUUUAGACUCUGCCAAUAAAGCGUUCUCUGCAUUGAUGGGAGCACAGGAUGCAUCUUUAAUCAAAUUAUCUGUGUUUAGACUCUGCCAAUAAAGCGUCCUCUGCAUUCAUGGCAGCACAGGAUGCCUCUUCAGUCAAAUAUCUUUGUGUUUAUUUGCUAGGGUUGCAGGAGUGUUUGAUGUGAUAAUUAUGUUAAUUUUUCAGCUUGUUUGUUUGAUGUCAUAAUAAGGUUUAUGUUAGAGCUUAUAUCACAUACAAAGCUUUGAUAUCACGUACUAUGUUCUUAAUUAUACAUUGUUGUUUCAAAUCGUUGUGCUGAUUUCAUUUCU